GCUGAGUCUGGUAUCAUGAAUGACCUAGGCCUCUCUACUGCAGAGUACUCAGUCUUCAGUUCAAUAAUGACAAUUGGAGGAAUGUUAGGUGCAGUAAUAAGUGGAAAAGUUGCAGAUCUCAUUGGUCGGAGAGGUGCUAUGUGGUUCUUGCAAAUAUUUUGCAUCAUGGGGUGGCUUUCAAUUAUUUUCGCAAAGGGAGCUUGGUGGCUUGACAUUGGAAGACUAUCAUUGGGAAUUGGAGUUGGGAUUAAUUAUUAUGUGGCAAGCGUGUAUAUAGCAGAAAUCACACCUAAGAAUAUUCGAGGAGGAUGUUCAUCAUUUAAUCCGUUGUCACAAUUAAUUGGCAUGUCACUGGUGUUUUUCGUUGGAAAUUUCAUUACUUGGCGCUUCUUGGCUUUAAUAGGAAUUGUACCAUGUCUGGUUCAAGUUGUUGGUUUGUUCUUCAUACCAGAGUCUCCAAGAUGGUUGGCAAUGAUUGGUAAAGAAAAAGAGUCAGAAGCGACUCUGCAACGUCUGAGGGGUGAAAAAUUCGAUAUUUCUCAAGAAGCAGCUGAAAUCAAGGAAUACACAGAAAUUCUUCAAGGACUCUCACAAUCCAGAAUUUUAGACUUGUUUGAGCGGAGAUAUGCUCACUCACUCAUUGUUGGAGUCGGGCUAAUGUUACUGGUACAAUUUGGAGGGAACUGUGGAAUUGCAUUUUAUGCAGGCUCUAUUUUUGAAGCUGCUGGUAGCUCGGCUAGUGUUGGCACUACAGCAAUGGCUAUUAUUCAGAUUCCAUGCUCCUUUUUGGGUUUAUACUCGAUGGAUAAAUUUGGACGACGACCACUUCUGAUGGUUACUGCAGCUGUAACAUGCUUGGGAGCCUUUCUUGUAGGAUUGGCAUUCCUCUUGCAGGAUUUUCAACAACUGAAGGAGCUCACUGCCGCAUUGGUUCUGAGUGGCAUACUGGUGUUUUCUGUUGGUUUUUCAACCGGCGUGGGUGGUACACCAUGGGUCAUCAUGUCAGAGAUAUUCCCUAUUAACAUUAAGGGUUCAGCUGGAAGCUUGGUGACUUUGACCAACUGGUUUGGUUCUUGGGUUGUUUCCUAUACCUUUAACUUCUUAUUUGAAUGGAGCUCAGCAGGAGUAUUCUUCAUCUACACAAUAUUUUCCGGUUUAGUCAUCGUAUUUGUUGCAAUCCUGGUGCCAGAGACAAAAGGAAGAACACUAGAAGAAAUACAAGCGUCCAUGAUUGAUCUUCUCCACUGAAAUACUGUUUUGGAAAUAAAAUACAAGCACACCUGAGAAAUGAAUACAACUCUUGUUCAUAAAGCAUAUUGAUAUUUUGUCAGUCAUUCACUUUUCAACACUUUAUUUCAAAAUGUAAAAUAUUUGCUUCCACCAAUCUUCUACCAAUACUAAG